AUGGUCGACGGUACACUUUCACGCACAGAAGACACAUUAAGAUGUUAUAUUCUUGAGAGGGAUUCUGGUCUAUUAACACAUUUGAUCAAUUUUGGCAACGACCGUAGAUUUAAUCAUGAGAAAACGGCUGAUCGGGCUCUAGCUAUAAGAAUCGGCACAACUACUAGAUACUGCAUUGGGAAACCCCAACGAAGAAUCGAUUCUGUAAAAACUACUAUGCAUCCGGUUGAGACUACGACUAAGCUGAAAGAAGGCUUUCACUACAAGUAUCAGCAACAAUUCUGCAAACAUACAAGACUAUACAGUGUUGAGUUAUCAUGUACAGUCGUAGAGAGAAUUUCGUAG